GAGGUUUGAAACUGGAUGAGCAUCGUGGUCCUUUUCAACCCAGGCCAUUCUGUGAUUCUAUGAUUCUGUGACGCAUCGAUCCCACCAGUCCUGCUGUUGACAGUCCCUAUUCCCUCGUGCUUUCUGCAGAGGCAGUGUAUUGAAAUGGUGCCUGAUAUUGAGCAACUGGACCUGAGGAGGCUGCCAGCACACCUGGAUGUAUGCGGGAAGUUCUGGUACUCGUUCCACAGCUGUGCGUCCGGCCACAAACAGCACAAUCUUGGAUGGAUUCCCACGCCUCCCUAGCAUCCUCUGCUCGGCAGGGGAACGCUCUAUAAAUACUGGCAGCCACAGCUUCACUCCAUACCACCUCUUCCCAUUGAGACCUCUGCAGCUCCUCUCUCUCCAGCCUCGCUCAGACUCCAGCUCACCUCCAGCCAUGAGGUUCCUCUACCUCGUCUUCUCCGUCUUCCUGCUGGUCUCCCUGGCCACCCCAGGCUAUGGGCAGGUCCUGAAGUACUGCCCGAAGACCGGCUACUGCUCCAGCAAGUGCUCCAAGGGAGAGGUCUGGGCCCGCUCCUCCGACUGCAAGGUGCACUGCUGCCUGCCUCUCAGCUUUAAGUGGAAAUAAGGGCUGAGGAGGAGCCC